AUGGCUUCCAAUGUGGUCAUUUCACUAGCAAUACUAGCUUUAUCAGUGCUAAUUCUAGCAGUAAGUUCAGAUGCUAGUGGGAUUGCUAUUUACUGGGGUCAAAAUGGAAACGAGGGAACCUUGGAAGAAACUUGUUCUUCUGGGUACUAUGCUUUUGUGAACAUAGCUUUCCUAGCUGCAUUUGGGAAUGAUACAACUCCUGUUUUGAACCUCGCAGGCCAUUGUGUCCCUUUAAACAAUGGAUGUGCCAAUUUGAGUUCUGAUAUUAAGUCAUGCCAAGCCAAGAACAUCAAGGUAAUGCUCUCCAUUGGAGGAGAAACUUUUAAAAAUUAUACUCUUACUUCAGCUGAGGAUGCUAGGCAACUUGCAACGUACUUGUGGAACAACUUCUUGGGUGGACAAUCCUCCUCACGACCACUUGGGGAUGCUGUCUUGGAUGGAAUUGAUUUUGUCAUUGAAGGUGGCCAAGUUCAGUACUGGGAUGAGCUUGCAAGGAACCUCUCAAGCUACAGCAACCAAAGCAAGAAAGUGUACUUAACUGCUGCUCCACAAUGUGUUUUUCCUGAUGCUAGCCUUGGAGCUGCUCUCAAUACAGGCCUAUUUGACUAUGUUUGGGUUCAAUUCUACAAUAAUCCACCCUGUCAAUACACUGCGGGAAAUGCAACUUAUCUUCAAAAUUCUUGGGAAAUAUGGACUUCAAGCAUUCCUGCAGCUAAUAUUUUGUUAGGCCUACCAGCUGCACCUAAUGCUUCUAUAGGUGGAUUCAUUCCUCCCUCUAACCUGAUUUCAGAAGUUCUUCCAGCCAUUAAGAAUUCAACUAAAUAUGGAGGAGUGAUGCUUUGGUCGAAGUACUAUGAUAAUCUCACUAACUACAGCUCCUCCAUAAAGAACUAUGUUUGA